CCAAGAGCCAAGGCGCUACCGCGAGACAUAACAAAUAAGUAUCUGGCACUGUCAGAGAAAGCUCCGAGGUAAAACGCAGAUCACAAUGUUGAUCAGUUUCAUUCCGAGUCACUCCUUUAUUUCGAAUCGGAGGACUAUCUCCAUAUAAAUAGAGGAGAAUGCACCGCGGAAAUAUUCAGGGUGUCCUUCAAGACUUGCCCUCCCCAUUCUCCACACCUAUUUCAUUAUCUCGGUGAUCUUCUAAUAAGUAGCCGCUUGCCUACAAUACCUCGCCAGCCAGAAUAUCAUGCAUUUCCUCCAUCUCGUCACCGUGAUCGCCGCUGCCUCGACAGCCUCUGCUGCCCUGACCUGGUCGCUCGACAAAGCCUCCGAUCCCUCUUCCGACGAAACAGAAGCCUACGGUCUAAUCGAGGCCGCCAUGGAAGCCGCAGUGGCCCGACAUGCUCGCCUCGGCGACGCGAGCAAAGGGAUUCACGUCUCUUACGCGCCCGGUGUUCCGACCGCGGAGGCCAACUACGACGGCACGAUUCGAUUCGGCUCGGACCGCGCCUACAUGAACGAGCGAACGGCUCUGCAUGAGAUUUCGCACACCCUUGGUGUGGGCCAGACAGAAGCCUUCGAUACGCUUUGUGCGGAUAAUAACUGGCCGACGGCGACGCCUUUGCUGCAGUCGUGGGAUGGUGACGAUGCGAAAAUCAGCUGCGGUGGGAGUCACUUCUGGCCGUAUGGUUUGAACUAUGAUAAUGAGUGGAGCGAUGAGAAUGGCGAUCGUCAUGUGCAGAUUGUCAAUGCCAUGCUUGCGGAUGGUAUGUAA